UUAAGUGGCGGCGGCUACUUAGAAGAAGACUAAACGAAAGUGGGCCAUCGCUGCUGCGCCGCGCCCGUGCCUGUGUUCGAAUCUUGGUAUGUUUGAAGCAUCAGGGCACCUUGCCGCCGGGAAAAGCCGUUCAUUUGUUCCGAGCUGAAACGCGUUGCCAUCGUCGAUGGCUGACAAAGUGGAGCCAGCGACGAAAGAAAAGGUGAAAGCGGAAACGGCGAAACAAGAGGUCAUGGGUGCAGAAACGAACCAGGAGUUUCCCAAGAAGUUCUUCCUCUUCAUGUUCGUACUGUUUCGAUGCGGAGGGGCUUUUUUCGUGAGGACUGCGUUCGUGCCCGACGAGUAUUGGCAGUCCCUGGAAGUGGCGCACAAGUUUGUUUUCGGGUAUGGCUACAAGACCUGGGAAUGGAAGUACGCCAUUCGAAGCUCUGUGUACCCCAUGUUCAUAUCGGCACAGUAUUACCUGCUCAAGAUGUUCAAGAUCGACACUGUAUUCACAGUGACCAUGGUGCCGCGCCUCGUUCAGGCUUUCAUGUCGGCCAUCGGAGACUACUGGACUGUGGAAUUAGGCCGUCGCCUGUUUGGCUACGAGGGUGCCUGCUGGACGGCCGUGUCUCUUCUGUGCUCGUGGUUUCUGCACUACACUGCCUCCCGAACGUUGACCAAUGUUGCCGAGCAAGUGUUCACCGCUGGAGCCCUUUCCAUGUACCCGUGGGGCGGUCAGAAGCAGCCAAGAACCUCGUGGGGCUACCUGUGGCUGGUGGGACUGUCGUGCAUGAUUCGACCCACGGCCCUGGCCCUGUGGCUACCCCUCAUUGCGCUGCACUUUGCAAGGGCAUCACACUCCAGGGUGUUCCUGCUCAAGAGGCUAGUCUUCACAAGCCUGAUCUGCUUUGGGGCUCUGAUGCUGUGUGACCGGUGGUUCUACAAGCGGUGGGUGUGCACGCCAUGGAACUUCGUGAAGCUCAACUUUGUGGCCGACGUGGGUGCCCACUACGGCAAGCACCCUUGGCACUGGUACUUCACGAUCGGGCUGCCCGCGGUGCUGGCGCUGCAGCUGCUGCCCUUCGUGUUGGGCAUCCGAGUCGGCCGCUGCCGCCUCCUGGCCGCACUCGUCAUCUGGCACAUGCUGGUACUCAGCCUGGUGAGCCACAAGGAGUUACGCUUCCUGCUCCCCAUCUUCCCUCUGGCCAUGUGCGUGUGCGGGGCGGGCAUGGCGCGCCUGCCUCGCUCGUGGGGCAUCACGCUGGCCAUCGUGCUCGGAGUAGCCUUCUUCCCGCCCGCCCUGUACUUCGGCCUGUUCCACCAGAAGGGCACCCUGGAGGCCAUGGACUACCUGUCCAAGGAGCUGGACAAGCACCCCGGUGGCAGCACUGUGGCAUUCCUCAUGCCCUGCCACUCGACACCCUUCCACAGUCACAUUCACCGGCCCGACGUUACGAUGAGGUUCCUGACGUGUGAGCCCAACAUCAAGAAGAGGAAGCACCAUGUGGAUGAGGCUCGCGACUUCUUCCUGGACCCCGUCAACGGCCUGAAGAUGUUUGGGGUCGGAGGCAUGGCAGACUACGUGGUCAUCUACAACAGCCUGUACAAGCACAUGAUUGACUUUGUGGUGGACUAUGACUUGAAGUUCUUGAAGGGCUUCCUUCACACUCACUUCCCGACAGCUUACGUGGGCAAGGAAGUGUGGAUCUACAAGACUCACUAGCAGCAGCUCUUCUCUCGCGUGCUUUCUGAACUACUAGUCACGUGCAGUCUCUGUGUUGGGGUGGUCACACCGGGUGCUGCUGUCGUGGGUCAGUGUUUUUGAUGUGCGUUUGUGUGUGUGAAUGAGGGGUUGUGAAAAUGUGAAAUAAAGACAUCGAAGUGCCUGAUCUCAGCCUCAUAUCUCUACAUAUGCCAGGCACCUUGCUUCUGAAUGUAUGGGCUGCGGUAGUUUCAGCUUUUGCGGUUACAAUCUUUGCUCCAGGCAUGGCAGAGUGUCGGUUGGUAAUGUCAUAAUUUGUAU